AUGUCCUACCUCGCCCGCGCUCUCCCCAAAAGGGUCCUCGCCCCCUCCGUGGCCCAAUCCCUCCGCCAAACCCGAGGACUAAGCACAACAACUCUCCAAACCACACCAAGCACCCGCACCACGCAACUCACACCCCGAACAAACCAACCCCGACAAUUCCGCCACCGAAGCUACCACUCAGACCUCCACGCCCGGCUCCCAGACCACUCAUACACAAACUCCCAAACGGCAAUCCUAACCUCCGCGCUCGCCCACGUCCCCACACACGGCUUCUCAGCCACGGCACUAACCCUCGGCGCGCGGGACGCCGGCUUCCUCGACGUCUCGGUGCAGCUGCUCCCCCGCGGCGAAUUCGACCUCAUCCUCUUCUGGCUUGCUAGUCGUCGGGGUCUGCUGCGCGGGAAGGUCGAGGAGGGCGGGUUAUUCCGGCGCAUUGCGGCGGAGAAAGGGAAGGAUGUCCAUGAGCUUUCUGUUGAGGAGCGGGUGCGGGGACUGCUUUUGGAGAGGUUGAGGAUGAAUGCGGAUGUUAGAGAUGUUUGGCAGGAUGCUCUCGCGCAAAUGUCGCUCUUGGCUAAUAUCCCCCUCUCUCUUACGGAACUGCAUGCCCUUGCUUCGGAUAUCCUUACUCUUUCUGGUGAUGACACUGUUGAUGCUACUUGGUACACGCGUCGUCUGGCCGUGUCGGCUAUCUAUGCCAGUGCUGAGGUUGUCAUGACCCGUGACCCGACGCCGGAUCUCGUGGAGACGGCGGCGUUCGUAGAGCGUCGCUUUGAUGAUCGGAAGGCGCUUGCUGAUAAGAUUACCGGCAUUGGACAGUGUGCUGGGUUUGGGUGGAAUACUGCUAUUGGGCUGGGGCGAAGCUGGGGGUUGAAGAUUUAA